CAGGAUAACAACCAGCCAUUUGGAAUAUUUUCCUGCCAAUUUCUUGCAGUAAAUGCGCAAAAAAGUGUCGCUCAAAAAUAUCAGUGUAGUGAAAAAUAAAUACGAAAUCUGAAAAUGAGUUUCGAAAAAUGUGCGUUUAAGCGUUAGAAAAAAAACUGAUUAACGGUAUUAAAGUUGAAGUUUAGUGUGGAUUUGAAAUUUUUAGAAUGAUAUUGCUCAAGAAGCGACGCUCACAAAGUGAAAGUCGAAAAGUGGAACAUUCCCGCAAGUACGCACAAGCGCUCGAUAAUCGAGCGGAAGAUAGAUUGUUGCAACAACAGCAAAUCAUACAAAGUUUUGCAUUUGGCGAUACAACAACAACAAAUAGUCUGGAAAGACGUAAAACAUCAGCAGAAAUGAUAAGCGAAGCCAAGUCCAUGCUGGCGGAGAUCGCGACCAAAGCCGCGCAUAACGGUAGUGAUGGCAGCAACAACAAUAACAGCAAUCGCAUAGGAAUUGGUGGCGUGCGAGUGGUCAGCACGCGUCGUCCCAUCACGCCACGCGAAACUGGACGCGCGCUCUACGGCAAGGUCGCAUUAGCCGGAAGACCGCCCAGCGCUUUUUCUUUACGCUAUUUACAAAACGAGAAUCAACGACAUGCGCCUAUGACCCCUUCGCUGGAACCCAUACCGGUACACCAACAGGAAGUCAAUGAACCAAAUGGAAAUGACUUGGAAAAAGAAGUAGAAGCACAACAAGCUACACGACGCACUUCGAGGCGUUCGAAUUCGUGGGACGCACGUUGUGAUAUGACUGAAGGGAGUAUUGGUGGCGGUGGCGUGGCUAAAGGUGGCACGAGUGGUCAAGCGAAACAAUUGCCCAGAAAGUUGCCAGCUUUGGAGAUUCGUGGUGUAGCGUUAGAAGCGAAGCAACGCACCGAUGCCGUCACGAAUAGGGAACGCUUCAAAACGGCGCAGGGUAGCAGUGAGAAUAGCUCACUGGAUAUGAGUGGCUCUAAUACGGCGAUCAAUAUUUUGAGUUCACGCAAAUUUCAGCAACGUAAUUGUCAUUUGCUGGCGCAAUCACCCACUGAGAAGCUUAUAGGCUUGCUGAAGGAGCACGCCGGUCUCAAGGAAUGUAGCGAGGAGACUGCAAAUCAUAUUAAUUCGAUACUUGCCGAACUCUACAUGCGUGUGCGUAAAAAUGAGAAGCACUACAAGCGCGGUUUCAUAUUGGGCGGACUUUAUGGUUUGGUGGAGUGCGCCUCACCUAAAAUACUGCUAGGAGUCGCACGCGUGGUACUUGCGCUACGCGUCACUGGUAGCAAUUUGACUGGUGCCUGCAAACUCAUUUUUAAAGUGGCACGCAAUGAGCUGAAUGAUCAACUUUUCCACGACAACGACCUGCUCGACUUGCUAAUCGACGGUUUGGGACGCGCUAGUCCGUUAGACGAUCCCGAGGCUUGUAUUUACGGCUAUGGUUCUAUACGUUUUCUCACCACCAGCACCGGACAGGAGCGCGGCGCUGAAGUGUUGAUGCCCAGCAAAGACACAAAUCGUAAUUGGACAGAGUGUUGGGAAUUGCCACGCAAACCUGCUACGGCACCGGCACCCGGCACCGACACAAAACAGGCGCUGGAACAAUCGCAGCAGGAUCGUUAUCAGAAAUUAAGCAAACAGAAUACGCUGGUCGAACGUCUGGCACGCCACGGCGCUGUCGAGUUGAUGGUCUUGCAUUUACAAAUACUGAAUGAAGCAGGUGCCACACAAAAACUCACUGGUCCACCAUUGCAUUCGUUGUAUCAGUUGUCUGCCGCAUUGCGUGCUCUAUCCGAUGUGCGUCAGACGACGCAUUCCUUCGAGAAGGAUUUGAAUGCAACGGGCAGCAAUGAAUUGCUAGUACAGGAUGCAGGCAUUGGGCAACAGCAGAGCAUACAAUUGGAAUUGGCGUGUCCCCAUUUGGUGCGUGCCGCGGAGGUGGCCACUGGCGAGCUGGAGGUGCAAGCGAACAUUGUGCGCACACUGAGUGUGCUAUCCGAGGACAGCGACUGUUGUCAUGUUUUGGUCAACUACACAGCGCGCAUUGGCAUGCUGUUGGGUCCGUGUUGUGAGAUCUUUGAUAAUGCCUCUGAAAAAUUGCUAUCACUAUUCAGUCGAUUGGGCUAUAUACUUGGCAAUAUAAUGGCCAAAUACGAUAAUGCUCGGGUGCAGUUCUACCACAACGACGUGGCCAUGCAGUAUUUGCUACGCGUACUGGAACUGUACUCAAAAGAGCCGCUGACACUGCACAACUCACUCGGCGACACCGUGAUCGAUGUGCUCGUCAAAAUGAUACGCGUCGUCGCAAAUAUGAGCGUCAACACCGAGGUGGGCAUUGGUUUGGGCAAUAUGCAUAAUCUGGGUGUUAUAAUGUUGAAUCUACUGAACGCCAUCACGCAUAUGAAGGCCAUACAAUUGAAGAGCGAUCUGCAGGAAUUGUUGCAUGCAACAUUAGGCGCGCUGCACAAUCUGUGCUUCUAUCAGGAGCAGAACAGCACACCGGCACAAGUGUUGGCCGCCAAGGGUUCAUUGCAGUGUGUGCUCGGCGACUUGGCCACGGCACUCUACUAUGCGCUGAAGACAUGUCGCGACGAUGCAUCACAGGUGGAGACGGCGCGCGUUUUGGGCAAUUUGACACGCAACGACAAGGCACGUCGCUACUUCUGCCGCAACGGCGGACUAGCUUUGGUCGUGAAACAACUGUCCGCUGGCGUUGCCAGUCAGGCAUACGAUUUCAAGGCCUGUGCCAUUGGCGUGCUCGUUAACUUGUUGGGCGAUGCGGAGAAUCGUGCGCCAUUCAUGCAACACAAAGGCGCCGAAUUGCUAUACACACUGCUCGGUGCCGCAUUGCAAGAGGAGGAUUGGUUUUUGGCUACGAUCAUUUGUCAAGCGUUGUGGAAUCUGCUAAUCGACGCCAACAAUGUGGCGGACGUGUGUCAGGAGCAAGUGUUGGAUGAUGUUUGUGAUUUGUUGGUCGACUAUUUGGAUGAGGAACGCUUGUUUGAGCACAGCACACGACCGGAUGUGGUUUGGGAGGGCUUUGCAGUGGUCGCCACCGACUUAUUGGAGCGCAUACAGGCGAGCUACGACAAGCAGGAACAAGAGGAGGCCGAAGCAGAGAAGCAAAAACAGCAACAACAACAACAAAACGCCAAUGUGAGAAGUGAUAAGAAGCAUGGCGGAGUGGAGGAUGAUAUUAAUGAAGACGAAGAUGAUGAUGUUUACAUUGAAGAAAUGUGAGCUUGCUAGAGCCAAGAGAUAAAUGUGUGAAGCAGUAAAUGUAUGUAUGAUUAAACGAUAAGCUUUUGAGCCACAUCAAAAUGAAAGAAAUAAAUAAAUGAGAGAAUUUAAACAAAAACGUGAAAAUCAAAACAAAAAAUCCCACUAAUUGUUGUUAUUGUUCUGAAUUCUGUGUGAAAAUGGAGCAGCGGACUGUCUAAAGCACACGCUUACAAUACAAUGAAUGGCAUUGCCACUAUUUGUACUCACGCGCACUCACACAUCGUCAGUGCGUCCGCCUACUUUCUCCCCCGAACACUUUUGUCGGCUGACUGGCUGGCUGGCAAUGCAUGCGGCAAUCGGGCUCGCCAAUAGCGAUGACGACAUCGACCACUUUAUAACUAACAUUUAUCACAGUUUACCAUUUCCUACGCUCUUUUAGUGUUAGUUUUUAUUAAACGUUGUUUUCAAAUAACUGCCGAGCAACUGGUCACAAUGCAUGGUCGAUUUGUGCUCGAUGGAAUGGUCAAAUAGCCACUUAUAAGAGCGGUAUUUCAAUAUUUCCGUCAAACCAAACUACUGUGCUAAAAAAAUAUGACAAAAAUUGAAAAGGAAACAAGCACACAAAAGAGUUUGAAAGCAGAAUGACAACAAAAACAAAACAAAAAGUAAGGUGUACCACGCACAUACACUCAUAUAAAAUCUAGUAAAAAAAAAUCAACACCAAACUUCUUGCUGUGACAACAACAACAACAACAGAGCGUGUCUUAAAAUUUUCAAAAAAUUCGUACAUAACUGAGCAUCGCCGACAAGUCGUACUUGAGUGUGGAGAUACAAUUCCAUUUGUGUUUUUGUUUUUGUUUUUGUACAUUCAUUUAUUUCAUUCUUUUUGUUUCUUACAACCGCAUCGGCGAAUUGAAAACGCAAACCGAAUUUUAAUUUGCCAACCCAACCAAAAAUGAGUGCUGCGCCGCCACCUCUAGUAUCGCCAUACCAACAAUGCGCCUCUUGGCCCAUACAAAUAUGUAUGGAUAUACACAUGUGUGUAUAUGCAAGAAAUGUACGUUUGUAAAUGUGUUUGUGGUAUCAUCUCGUUUUGGUUAUCGACGACGUCGAACGGCGCUCAGUCAGUCAGCGACUAAACGCAAAAUUGUUAUGGGUUUCGAAGGUAGCAAGCAGUGUAUGAAUCAUCGACGCUCCUAGUUAUGAUUACGGCCGAGAGUUUGCAAAUGAAAUUUAAUAUUGUACAUUAGAAAUGUGUUAAAUAAAAUUAUAACGCGCAAUGUUUAGUUGCGGCUUUUUGGCGAUAUUUUUGUUUUAAAUGUGAACUCAAGUAGAGGCCUAAACUUUAAUAUACAUAAAUAUAACAUAAAUAUAAAAAUUUGAAUUUCUUGCAAGAAAAUUAAAAAAAAAAAUUUAGAAAAAAAUUGCCUUUACUAUAGCUUAGUCAUUUGUAUUUAUAUAUAUGUAUGUAUGUAUGUAUAAACGAUUUUCAAAUUUCAAUAACCGACUUUCAAUAAGCUUUUAAUAAAUAUCUAGCAAUAAUAUAAUACGUUCAUUUGUAAAUAUUUUGCCUUUCAAAGCAAUGAUGUCAUUUCAAGUAAAACUGAAUAAAUUAAUACAUAAAUA